AUGGAGAGGUUUCUUGCUGUUUUGCUGGUGCUAAUUGCAACUUUGGCCAUCAUUCAUAUUGGUCAAGCUCAGAGUCCCAGCCAACAAGGUUUCAUCAGUUUGGAUUGUGGGCUACCGGGGAAUGAACCGUCUCCUUACACUGACGCUGGUACUGAAUUACAGUUCUAUUCGGACGCAACAUACAUCCAGAGUGGCAAAACUGGUACAGUUGCAUCAAAUCUUGAGAGUAUGCUCAUGAAGCCGUACGCUACGGUGAGAUUUUUUCCAGAAGGAAGACGGAAUUGCUACAAUCUACCCGUCGAGAAGGGGAGAAAACAUCUGGUCAGAGCUUGGUUUUUCUAUGGCAAUUAUGAUGGCCGUGACGUGAAACCCAAGUUUGCUCUGUAUCUUGGACCUAAUCCAUGGGCCACGAUAGAUUUGGAAGAACAAGUGAAUGGGACAAGGGUAGAAAUCUUACACAUCCCAACAUCAAACUCGUUGCAGAUCUGUCUCGUCAAGACUGGUGAGACUACACCGAUGAUCUCAGCCUUGGAGAUAAGGCCAAUGGGAAAUAAUUCUUAUAUCACAAACUCUGGUUCUCUCAGUCUUUACUUUCGUGUAUAUCUGACCAAAUCAGAAAAAUACAUAAGAAAGCCUGAUGACCAGUAUUACUUGUACUCGCACUUUGCCGAGAUCCAAGACUUGCGGGACGAUGAAACCAGGGAAUUCAACAUGGUGUGGAAUGACGAAGUUAUGUCAACCGAGCCUGUAAUUCCUGAUAAGUUAGAGAUAACUACUAUGUUGAGCGUGUCUCCAAGGACCUGCGCUAGAGGGCAAUGUAAGUUUCAGCUGAUAAGAACCAACAGAUCAACACUUCCACCUCUGCUUAACGCUUUAGAAGUCUUCACGGUUAUCCAGUUUCCGCAGUCUGAAACAAAUGAAACCGAAGUGGCUGCUAUGAGAAACAUUGAAAGCACAUAUGGAUUGAGUAGAAUCAACUGGCAAGGCGAUCCAUGCUUCCCUCAACAGCUUAGGUGGGAUGCUUUAGAUUGCAGCAACACGGAUAUCUUCACACCACCAAGAAUCACUUCUUU